AUGAGUUUAUUGCUGUCGAAAAUGAUCAAUAACCAACUAGAUUCCUUCGAGCGAGGUCACUUAAGAUCUCGUUCGUUUAAUGAAUUACUAAAUCAAUACAAAUCUCAUAUCCAUUCACCCAAUCGUGCUGCUUCAGACUCCAAAAUGAUUCUUGGUGAAUCAAAUCGCCAUCAGCAACAUCAACAAUCAUCGCCUAGUGAUUUGUCCCGUAUAGAUUCUUCCCUUAAUGCAUCUCCGUCGUUCAUGUCAACGGGUGAUAUUUCCUCUGCUAAUACAACGGCAGAUGUAUCUUUCAUUUCAAGUAACAAACGGUCAUUUUUAGAAUCGGACAAUGACACCUUAGGAAGUAAUCUUGAUGAUUCUCCAACCAUCAAAAGAUCCAGAACUGCUCCUUUACUUCCUGCCCCAUUAUCUCCACCUGCAAGAGGAAGAGUAAAAAAUAAUAUACUUAGAUUGCACUCUCCCGGAUCUCUUAGAUCUCGGUCUUUAUCUCCCCAUAAGAAAUUCUUUGAGGAAGGUCUGCUGCCUGCUGCAACUCACAUGUUGCUGCUGCAUUCGGGAACAACAUCAGCACAAUCAAUGCACAUUGAAUCAACAACAUCCCAGCCUAAUGAUAACCUUAAGAAGACAGUGAAACUACCUUCACUUUCAGCAGUGCUCGGAGAUGUCAACUCCAUUAUUCCUUCUAGUACAACAACAUCAACUUCCAAAACUGAGGUACCGAUUGCUGCUGCUUCUAUUUCUACUGCUCCAGUAUCAGCUGCUGUGGAAUUGGAACACCAACAACAAUCAAGUGAUUCCACAGCUUCUGCUAAAAAGCAUAUCACUCCAACGGUUUCGUUAGAUUACUUUGACACAUACAAACCUAACGACGAGAACUGGAGAUACGAGUUGUUGGAUUCCAUUAAUAAAGGGUCUAAACAUUUUAACCUUAAUCAAUACAAUUAUUUGAACAAAAGCAGUAAACCAAGCUUUGAUUCGAAAAUUAGCUCCAAAAUCCUCAAGCCAACAUUACCAUCGUUACAUGCCAACAUAGAACGCAAGAUCAAUUUCCCCUUUGAGUCGAAUUAUACUUAUCUUAACAAAACUUAUCUCACUGAUGUGGCCAAGUAUCCGGAAUACUUGGAGCUUGCUCAAUCUCUUGUGCAGUUAUCUCAACCACAAACUAUAAGAGAACAAUCAACACAAACACAAGAAGCACAACACCCCCAGCAGCAACAACAAGCAACAACAACUGCUACUGUUCCAGACUCUCUGAGUUCUCCAACUUUGCCUUCUGUGUCUUCAAAUAUUAUGCCAGUCGCUCCUCCAAUUACUUCCACUAUUCCACCAUUCAGUCAACUAUCUCCACAGAUGCCAUCUCCCAACAAUAAUGAUCGUAACGCGAGUUACAGCUCUAUAAUAUGUGCUCCUGGCUCCAUGUCACUGUUCAACAACCAAUCUCUUGCACGUCUACCAUCAUUUAUACUGAGAGCUGCCACUACUUCAAUUCCAAUUGAUGAAUCUAUAAGGGAAGCGUCUUCGACUGCUAUCCAACAACCAAUGGCUCCUAUGGUAGUAGCUCCUACUGCUACUACACAAGGUUUAGCACCACCUCCUUCAAUGCAACACCUUCCCCACCAAACACUUCCAUCUUUGCCUACCAUCACUCCUAGAUCCACUACUACAGCUACCAGCAUAUCCAUGUCUGGUUCUAAUAAUUCUUCCACACGUUUUGUCCCUGUAUCCCCACCUCCAUCUUCCUCCACGCUCAAGAAAGCAAAGGAAGCAUUGAUGAGGUCCCCUCCUAAGCACCACCAUCAUCCAAGAGUUUGUAUCCUGUGUGGCUCCGAGCAGAGUCCAUGUUGGAGACCCAGUUGGUCACUUAAGGAGGGACAAUUGUGUAACAGUUGUGGGUUAAGGUACAAGAAGACUCUGGCCCGGUGUCUUAAUGACGAUUGCCGUAAAAUCCCUGCCAAGGGUGAAUGGAGUUUAAUGCAAAGCAAGGGUAAAACCAUGUUUGAAGAUGGAAUCGAAGGCUAUGGUUGCUUAGAAUGUGGUUGGAGAGUUGAAGUAAAGAAGUAA